GCCCUCUUCGAGAAAUCAGUCAUAUUUCAUCAAUUAAAACAAACAGGUUCGUCUCAAAUCGAGAAGGAAGAGGGUUCGAGAAUUCGUCAGCCAUACCUACCUCUGCCCAUUGCUUCUGUGACUUUGAGCGUUUACUUAGGUCAGAAGUUCCAGUGAUUUGCAAGAAGUGAUUCCAUUUCCCGGAGCGAAGCGCCCCAACGAAUCAGGCAAAUCGCUUUAUAAACCGAUGAAGAAAGCCAAAACUCACGACGAGAGUGAAGACUUUCCACCACCGGAUUAUUUGGUUGCCCACCAGGUCACCUGUUCUCGACAUCGGGAUCAUAUCUCAACCUAUUACGAGGAUGUACCUCGAUUACUUCUUGGGGACUGGAAAACAACUGCCUUACAUGGAACACAACCCUUCACUGAGGACAUCUUCAGUAGGGAAUUCGCCGAAGAAAAUCCCCACAUAUCUUUCAUUGCUGUCAAAUCUUACGAUUGUGGUGCAUACCACGAAGCUAUCAAAGACAAAUUCAAAAAGGUGCCCCUACCAGACAACGUGGCGCAACUUCUGAAGCACGUGGACGCACGGCUUUCUCUACUCCAAGAGGACGGUGACUAUGCCUCGAUCAUGAGUGAGAUAAUCGUUUUCGUAUCAAGCGAUCUACAAAAUUCUCUAUCAGCCAUUAGUUUGGCCCAUCCUGAGUACUUCUCGAAAAGAAUUUACGGAUCUAAUGUUGCACCGAUCUUAGACUUCUACCACGCCAGGUCUAUCAUCGAAAGUUUCAUAUCGCGAGAGAGUGAUAUUCUGAGCUCACUUCAGCUGGAGCAGCUAAGGGUGCUUGUUGGCUAUAUUCGAGAAUCUCGAGGCGAUGAAUUUGACCAGGCUACUGCACAAUUCGCUGAAGGCGCCGUCGGUCAAGUCCACUUCUGCAAACUGUUCAGUCUUGGCGAUAUUGUUGUUCGCGAUACAAGUACUGGGCCGUUAGCAUAUCAAAUCACCAAUUUAGCCAUCGAAUCGCAUACUGUGAGGAUCGAUUGUUUUAGUUGGGAUUUCAAUGGCGAGUUCUUCAAAUCCAAGCAGCGUUUUACCGUGCAUUGGCCCUCAAAUGCCAAGGAAGUUCGGAUAGAGACAUUGGAGAUAUAUCCAUUAAGGUACAGUAACAGCGGUCAGCGUCUUCGCCUGGAGCAGAGAGGAUCUAAAUUCUGGAAUUAUCGAGAGCGCACUCUGGUCGAUUAUGAGUACAAAGGAAUAUCAUAUGAACUUCGUGCUAUAAGCAAUCGUUUUAUGAUCGAUAUGGACACGUAUCGAAAUCUACACCCAGUCAAUCAAGAGACCCGUGAUGAAGAAGAUGAGGGGAUUAAGAAGUUGAAACAACCACCCAACGAAACCUUCGUACUUCUACUACCGUCACAUAUACGAGGGUACGGAUUUCAUGAUAAGAAGUGGAGCCUUUUACUCAUCGAUCAGAUCAGGUCGGUGACAUGGAGUAGCGACACAUUUGAUCGACGUCUUGUCCUUAAGGCUCAAAAGAAGGAGAUUAUCAAAGCGCUCAUAACGGUGCAUACUACACCGGUUCAUACCAACAAGGCUGACAUUGUUGAAGGCAAAGGAAAUGGACUCAUUAUGCUCCUACAUGGAGGUCCAGGCACAGGCAAGACUCUCACUGCUGAGAGCAUUGCUGAAUUCGCUGAGCGUCCUUUGUAUAAAGUGACGUGUGGUGACAUCGGCACGGACGCAGAGAGUGUCGAGAAAUAUCUCGAAUCGGUUCUUUACAUUGGAACUUUAUGGAAAUGCGUUGUUCUUCUUGACGAAGCUGAUGUGUUCCUCGAGGAACGAACGCCAACCGACCUCCAGAGAAACGCGCUAGUGUCUGUCUUCCUUCGUGUCCUGGAAUAUUUUGAGGGCAUCCUUAUCCUAACCUCGAACCGCGUCGGCACGUUUGAUGAAGCUUUCAAGUCUCGAGUGCAGCUGGCCAUGCAUUAUCCAUCACUCGAUGAGAACGGACGAUGGGAGGUGUGGCAUAUGUUCCUUCGAGAUCUGUUACAGGGCGAUGAACAAGUCAAGUAUACGGAAAUUAAGGACAAGCUCGAUGUGCUGGCGCGCUAUAAUUUGAAUGGCCGUCAAAUCCGAAAUGUGUUUAAUACUGCAAGGCAAUUAGCGCGAUAUCGAAAAGAGCAUCUAGCCUAUUCACAUUUCGAUCAGGCUUUGGAAGUUGUCAAUGAAUUUGAAGAGUAUUUGGUCCACACGCGUGGACAUACCGAUGAAGAGUAUGCAAAAGCACAAGGGCACAGGUAGAAAUCGUGGGAAGCCAAGGACAUCCUUCUGUGUUUAUUUUUUGAUCG